UGUUUGUCUAUCAUUUCAUUUUCAAUCAAGAUGGCGUCUCACGUGGUAUCACGGAUCACAGAAGUUGAUAACAAACCCCCGGCGCCAGAAAACCCAAUUGAUCGUGAAAAGACCUGUCCACUUCUACUGAGGGUGUUCUGUAAUAACAAUCGUCACCAUCAGGAGCAUGAGUUUUCUAGAGGAACAGUCCCAGCCAAUGAACUCCAGAUCUACACCUGGAUGGAUGCCACUUUAAAAGAGCUAUCUAGCCUAGUGAAGGAAGUCAACCCCGAUGCACGGCGGAGGGGGACGUACUUUGACUUCGCCAUCGUCCACCCGCACCCGAGGCGCCAACAAGCCUACCAGAUGAGGGAGAUCGGGAUGACCUGCUCUGGGCGCAAGGGACCCGAUGAUUCCGUGACCCUGUCGGCGCAGAAUUUCGUCAUCGGCGAUUAUAUCGAUAUCGCCAUCACCUUGCCUCCGAGGGGCGGGCUCGGAGAACGAGGAGGAGGAGGGGGGAUGGGAGGCGGCGGGAUGGGGAUGGGUAGGAGAGGAGGUUGGGGGCGGUGAUAGACGUAAGGGUACAUGUUCUAGGUAGUAAGUCAGAAUGAGAUGAAUUAACGGGGGGGGGGGGGGGAUUUGAGAUGGUGUGGAGAAGAGUUUGAACAAAAAAAUUGUGGGGGAGGGGGGUGUUCUUCAAUGCUGCAUAGACUUGGAAAAGGAAGGAGGCAUGGGACAUUGUCAAUAACUGCCAAAAAACAAAUAUGAACCAUCUAAUUCAAAGUAAGCUGUUGAAAAUUUAUACAAUGUUGCCCAACUGUAGAUCUUUUUAUACCUUUCUAUCCCUGAAGAAAUGUGCAUAUUGAUUGAAUCAAUAUUAAGACUUGAAGAGUUGCAUCACAUUAAUAGGCUGUCCAACAUAAAAUCACAAGUUAGAUCACAGAUCACAUCUUCUUGUACACAGGUUUCAAGGUAUGCUGAUGUACAGCUUGGGAAAAUAUUAGUAGAACAUGCCAUUUGGGACCUUACUAGGAAGGUGGUCUUAUAAUUAUUUCCAAAGUGUACAGCAUGAUGUAAGUGGACCACAAUUUUGGGAACCCGUCCAUGUUAUGUAACAUUAUCUUUGUUGCAAAAAGCUUCUGGUUAUCAAGGGCAACUUGUAAAAAAAAAUUAGCCAUGUCACGUUGCUCACCUUAAAUGACAUGUACUUAAAAAAAAAAAAACAUUGUUAAUACAUACAUUUUCAAUGUAGGAAUCUGAUUUCAGGGCCCUGGUCUUACAUUAAGUUGUUAUUGAUUCAGUCAGUUUAAUCAAUAUUAACUGUGAAACUCUCCAAAGUCAUCACAGGGGCAUAUUUCAAAUAGUUAUGUACCCAUUCCAGAUGAAGAUACGGGUGACUGGUGAAUUUUCAGAGUUGAGAUCGUAAAACACUUUUUCAUGUGCAAUUGUCACGACCAGAAUUUCUUCCUAAAUUCUAAAAUCAUUUCACUUCUUCAAUGAAGAAUUUUAAUGACAUUGACGGCUUGCCAUACCUGAGAGUGAUAAGAUCGAUCACAACUCUUUGUAAGACCUGGUUCAGGUAUCUUUACUCCAUUCUGCUGGUAUACAAAAAAUUCACAGAUUUCAUUGUACAUGUUUGAUAAAAACAGGAUUCGGGUCUGUUCUCCCGUAGGCAUUUAUUUGCAUUCAUUCGAUGUAAAUCAUACCGGUUCAGAUCUUUCUAAAAAAUCAUAUUAUGUUACCAAUUCUGUAGUAAUUAUUUUAUCUCUGUUAUGUACAGGUGUAGUGAUUCAAUCAGCAAAAUUUAUGGUUCUACAUAGUUCAUUAGAUAUAAUUUCAAUUUUAUUGUAUGGGAUUGUGAAAUGUGUCUAUAUUGUUACAAGUUUGCAGGUUGUAAGUUGCAAGUUGCAGUUCAUUUCAGGCCAAAAUCAAAAUUUUAUAAUAAUUUUUAACAUUUACCAGUAUGGAUGUU